AUGCUUACACAAGCGAGUGUCACCCUUUCCCCCCUUGAAUCCAUUCAAAACCAUCUUCUUGAUGAUAAUUUAGAGGUUUUUGCUAAUAAUUACCAAAACCAUGAUAGCUUUUCAUUUUCAAUCUUUGAUAUCAAUGAUUGGAGUUUUCUCCAGGCCUCUUACGAAGCAUCCCUAAACAUCGAAAAUAACUCCAACUUUUCUAUGGAAUUCAGUUCAUCAAAUUCAACCGACUUUUUUAGCUCUAGCCUCAUGUCUCCAAAUACAGUAGAUGAUCCACCUGAACAUUUACCAAAUCUAGAUGAUUUCGACGCAUAUGAUUUUUUAGUUGAUAUGGGAAACCAUGAAUGUGGAAAUUCAUCUCAUACUCAAAAUAACACUCAGCAAAUGUUUCAAAACACCAAUUUAGAUGAAUUCAUAGACAUUCCAGCAAUUUGCACAGAACCACAACCUCAGUUAUCUCCUGCCACCUUGUCUAAUCUCACAGCCAUCGACAAAAGAACCGAGAAAACUGCAAACAAACCUCUAAAACUGGAUUUCUCGAGCGGGCAAGUCAUUCCAAUUGGCGAUGAAGCUCCGCUUACAGUGAAGGAUAGCCUUCCUAGUAAUGGGGAUGGGAUUCAAGCUAAAAAAGUAUCCUUAUUGCCUAACAGAAGUUACAGAGGUGUAAGAUGGCGACGAUGGGGGAAGUUCACUGCAGAGAUGAGGAACCCAGAGAAGAAAGGUAAAAGAUUGUGGCUAGGGACCUAUGACACACCCGAAGAAGCCGCCUUGGCGUAUGAUCGAGCAGCUUUUAAGCAUCGUGGUUCUCAUGCUUUGCUUAAUUUUCCACAUAUGAUUGGGUUGCACAAAGAAAAUCCCAAAAGUCCUAAAGGAAAAAAGCGACAUAUAGGGAAAUCUUAG